AUGGCACCCUUAGGUGUUAUUACGGCAGUUGUAUCCGCGAUCCGAGUCCGCGGCGGAUCUUCCUUACGCGCAUUCAUUGGUCGAGCGCAGGAGGGAGGCGGUAUCGCUGAGGCGGAGCUUUGCUCGUCUACCAGUCGCGAUGUCUGCGAACUAUACAACAACGGCGCUAUCGUUAGGGUAUUUGGACACCCUAAGAUCCUUGAGAUUAUUUAUGAUCGCAAGGCCUCAGAGGAAGAAUUUUCUAGGGACGACCCAAUACCGUCGGAAUGCGGCAUUUACCUUUCUCGAGAAUACCUUGGAAAAAGAAGGUUUGGUACCUUUGACGAGUAUGAGAAAACUGCUUUUGGUACUUGGGCCAAAAAACCAUCUGAUGAUGAUGAAGAAACCCAGGCACUCGCACCUGACAACGCAUUUGCCCCAAACCCCAAUCUCUCAUUCAAUAUAGGGAUAAGAAGAUCGCCUGAAAAGCUUACGUGGCUAGGAGCUGCUGUUGCAUUCCUUGCGCAAGCAUCCGUCAUAGUUUUUGGAGGUCUUGUCACAUCAUGGGGCUGGAAGAAAGAUGAAAAUGUGCCGCCCCGUUGGGCCUUUCCUCUGAUGUCAUUCGGAACAGUCGCAUUAUGCGGCGGAAUGUUCUACUGCGCGUUCUUGGUGGAAACCAGCACCGAGGAAAAGAUGUUCCGCAGGGUGGUCAGCAAAGAUAAUGACGUGGAUGCAAAAGAACAUUCAUCCACUUCCACUCUCUAUGUGGUUCAGCCAGGAAACCAGACUAUAGGGGAUCAAACUUUCAACUCGUUCUUGUUUGACGAUUCUACAGCUCCGAUAAACCAAUACAUCACAUCCCGGAGGGCACCGAAACAGGUUGACAAUCAGCUAGGAGUAUGGAUUGCGAUUUCCGCAACGAUUUUCGGUUUUGUCCUCCAGUUUGUGGGCCUGAGAGCCAUGCAUUCGGCCGUUUCUGUUCUUCAACUUGGGGUGAUUAUAAUCGUCAGUCUUAUCCGCGCAGGAUUGAGGACACAACGCUUGCGCAACAAACACAACCUCUUGCAUAAUCGUUCAGACGAAGUAGAGGGCCAUGAGCUGGAUUGGCUGGCUUUGCAAAUGGGAAAACAUGGAAAAUACAAGGACAAGCACUUUAGCUGGGUCGUUAGCAGUCCGGUCUCAAACGUGGACUCCGCCGAUAAUCACAAAAAUAGUUCAGAAGGCAACGGCAUCGAUCAUGACAACAGUCUCUCCAAGGAGCCCGAUCAGUAUUCUCAGAAGGACGUAAAAGUCGACAGAGAGACCAAGAUAGCCUCAAAAAAGAGUUCAGAACUAGGCUCAAUUGCAAGAACGUUCCACCUCCGAUCCCGGUUGGCAGAAUUGACAAGCCAUACAAGGCUCAAAAAGUCAAAAUCGUCGACAGCAUGGGAUGAUCGCCUGGUGCCUGUGCGGCAACUGGCUCAAAAGUUGAGGAACGCGAUUGAGAGUAGCAUCAAAAUUCUUUUGCCGAAAGAAUCACGCUCAAGUACCGAAUCACUUUCGUGGAAUCUCUUUGUGGCAGAAUAUGUCUGCGGAGAGUCCUCGUCUAGCACUGAAAGAAUCUCGCUUAGUAUACCACUCCAAGGUAGCAACGAGAAGCCUGAGGCAUGGGACAUACUGCAACGGCAUCUAGAGGCCGUUUUGGGCCUAUGGAUAUGGUCAAUCAUGUCCGACCCUCGGUUGGAGGAGCGUGACAAGUUCGACUACAGGGUAUCGAAAGCGUCGGAAUUACGUUCUGCUCGCAUCAUAGCCAUUGGAACGACUGAGGAAAUGAAUCGUGCGAGAAUAGAAAUAGGCCUUUGGACUGAUGAUUUUCCUACAACAACAGAGAGGGAGUUGACGGCGGAGAGUGAUCGGAUGCAAAGGGGGCCAGACAAUCUAUGGAAGACUCAGACAAAGAAGACACCAGACGAAGAACAGAUUCACAACUCACUGGAAACGUCAAGUUCAGUAACCUCCUGUACUAACUCGCUGUUGCGCCUCUUCGGUUGGCAACUCUCAACGACGCCAUCUUCCAACUGCUUGCCGACCGAGACGUAUGCCUUGACAGUUAAUCUCAACCAUUCCAUUUCUACAGCUUGCGCCCACGACAUAUACCAGUCGUUCCUUUGUGCCGCGGCAGAAGUUCUCGAUUACAUUGAAGGACCGGUACAGUACUCAAAGGGAAGUAGAGGCUUCUUCCUUGAGCAUGAAGUGAUUUCCGGUCUCGCGGAAUGCUUCCAGAAAAGUAGCCUUGGUUCCUCUGAAGAUGCUUUAUCCGUUAUCCUUCCAGCGCUACGAUACCGAUCCAAGUUGCCUCCUGUCACGGCCGCUCUUCCUAGGGUCUACAAUGAAGCUGAAGACCUGAGGAAAAAGAAAAGUUUCAAGGAGGCGGAGGAUGUGCUCAAAUGGGCCUGGGAAAACGCAGGGAAAAUGAUGGGGGAAGAGAGGACUGCCGGAUUAGAAGCAAUUAUGCUACAAUUCGGUGAACUUUACCGGAAUGCGCUAUUUUGCAAAGAUGAAGCCCAAGAAUUAUUCGCUAAAAAGGGAAUUUCCUGGAUGAAUGAAGAAUCACACAAAAGCUCACACGACUCGCUUGCGAUGAUUUCGGAUCGCUACGUAGCGCUCUGGCAAGGAGAAGUGGACAAGUCGAAGCAAGUAAAAGCCGAAGAUAUUAUCGGUCCACUCUCAAGGGGCGAUAGAACGAAUACUCUAGCGUUGAUCAGCCAAGCCACAGAACUCGUAUACCGGGAUGGCGACGGUCGCACAGUUCUAUCCUGGGCAGCUCAGCAAGGUUGGCCAGAAGUUGUCAAAGCAGCUAUAGAUAUUGGCUCAGCGAUCGACUCCGAGGAUAAAGAUAGAAGAACCCCAUUGAGCUACGCUGCUGAGCGCGGGCAUGGCGAGAUAGUGAGAAUUUUGAUGAAUAAUCGGGCCCUCCCAGUGGAUUCAUCUAAUCGAACUCCUCUUUCGCAUGCUUCUGCCGGUGGUUAUGUGGCUGUAUUGGGCGAGUUGCUCCCUGAUCCUCGUGUGAACAUCCACGAGACUGACGAUAACGGAUACUCAGCCUUGCACUGGGCUGCGGAGAAAGGUCAUGAGAAAGCAAUCGAACUGCUCUUGAAGCAUAAGGCCUACAUAGAUGCAUUCGACAGGAAUGGCUACACCCCUUUGAUUGCCGCGCUGCUCGGACGCCAAAAAGGCGUUGCAGAUUUACUGAUAGAAGAAAAGGCAGAUCACAAGAUCAAAAUCGAUUCUAUUGAGGCGUGGCGUUGGGCUAUCAGAGAAGGGGAGUGGAUGUGUGCUGAAAAACUACUCCGGCUGUUAAAUAAGGAGGACCAGAACAGCACGUCGAGUAUCAAAAGGAGAAGAGCUAUUGUAUUGAAACUAACUCACCGGGAUUUACCUCUCAGAGUUAGAGAGGAUUCUCCGGUGCAAGUGCCGGAGUCCGUCCUCUCGACGUGUAUUAUUGAUGAAAAUGGUAGACAGGCCUCAAUCUCCGCCGACUCAGUCCAACUCGCCGUCGACAAUCGCUACUAUGUCAAUAUCUGGCUGUACGAGGUUUCUGAAGGAGGACAGACAUGGAAAAGCCUUGAUUUCAACAAUGAGAGGUUAAUCAAAAUAGUUGGUUGGCUGUUAAGUGAGGGUGGAGAACAAGUCAAAAUCACGCAAGACAUCGUCGAGGCGGCCGCGAGAGACACUGAAUUCGGUGAGGAGCUAAUGAAGCUAUUGCUUGAGGAACGAGGGGAUGAGAUUACGAUUACAGAAGAAGUCGUCAAGGCAGCUGUAGGGAACCAGGCUUAUGGGGAGUCUAUAUUCAGGCUAUUGCUUGAGAAACGAGGGGAGAUUGCGAUUACAGAAGAAGUCGUCAAGGCAGCUGUAGGGAACCAGGCUUAUGGGGAGCCUAUAUUCAGGCUAUUGCUUGAGAAACGAGGGGAGAUUGCGAUUACAGAAGAAGUCGUCAAGGCAGCUAUAGGGAACCAGGCUUAUGGGGAGCCUAUAUUCAGGCUAUUGCUUGAGGAACGAGGGGAUAAGAUUGCGAUUACAGAAGAAGUCGUCAAGGCAGCUGUAGGGAACCAGGCUUAUGGGGAGCCUAUAUUCAGGCUAUUGCUUAGGGAACGAGGGGAUGAGAUUGCGAUUACAGAAGAAGUCGUCAAGGCAGCUGUAGGGAACCAGGCUUAUGGGGAGUCUAUAUUCAGGCUAUUGCUUGAGGAACGAGGGGAUGAGAUUACGAUUACAGAAGAAGUCGUCAAGGCAGCUGUAGGGAACCAGGCUUAUGGGGAGUCUAUAUUCAGGCUAUUGCUUGAGGAACGAGGGGAUGAGAUUACGAUUACAGAAGAAGUCGUCAAGGCAGCUGUAGGGAACCAGGGUUAUGGGGAGUCUAUACUAAGACUAUUGCUUGAGGAACGAGGGGAUAAGAUUGCGAUUACAGAAGAAGUCGUCAAGGCAGCUGUAGGGAACCAGGUUGAUGGGAAGUCUAUACUAAGACUAUUGCUUGAGGAACGAGGGGAUAAGAUUGCGAUUACAGAAGAAGUCGUCAAGGCAGCUGUAGGGAACCAGGCUUAUGGGGAGUCUAUAUUCAGGCUAUUGCUUGAGGAACGAGGGGAUGAGAUUACGAUUACAGAAGAAGUCGUCAAGGCAGCUGUAGGGAACCAGGUUGAUGGGAAGUCUAUACUAAGACUAUUGCUUGAGGAACGAGGGGUUGAAGUUACGAUUACAGGAGAUGUUAUUGAGGCGGCUGCAAUGAAUUCUAUGUCCGGAAAAAGGAUAAUGGAGUCAUUGCUCAGUGGAAAGGCAGAGAUCAAAGUCUCACAUAAGCUUGUGGAGGUUCUUGCCCGCACAUUUGAAGAGGAUUGGAUGCAGUCAAUAUGGUUGAUGUGGUCACAGCCGUCCGAGGAUAGUCAAGAAGCUAGGGAAGAUAUGGUUAGAGAAGCCAUCUUGAGGAGGUUUGCAGGUAGUCAGGAGGAGCGCGACAUGAAAAGACCGCCUACACACUUUCUGAGUGCGUGGCCAUAA